AUGCAUUCCGGUAAAGAACUGUCCUUUAAACUUGGGGAAGCAGAAAUAAAGCCGGCGGAAAUGGAAUUAAGAAAAGUAUUAGGAAUUGACAAAAAUGCAAAAAAGGAUGACACAGCCAGCAACGACGUCUACUCCACAAACAACAGACAAGAAACUGCCAGUCAACUUUCAAGCCUCACAGGAAGCAGGUAUAAAAAUAUCAGGUAUAGAAAAUCUAUUUAUCGCAAGGGAAAUACUAAAAGAACGGAGGUGACUUUUCUCGACCACGUUCAAGAUGAACAAAAGACGUCUCUACCACGUGACGUUACUGGUCCUGGUGUAUCGUGUGUUUCGAGGAACAAACAUAUGCGAAAAAGUUCAAGGAAUGAAAAACUUGAAGAAUGGGUUCGGACGAAUGAGAGUGCUAAAGGUAUAAUAAAGAUCGGAGGUGAAAAGAAGACCCUUGAAGCAAGAAAGUUAGAUGAAAACGAUUAUAUUUACAAAUGGCUAAACGGUCUUCGAGGGGAUGAUUCUAAUUACAGACCAAAUAAAAACACCAAAAUAAUCGAUCAAUUUCAUUAUGUCAUCUCUCCGUCCGACAAUCGCAUUUGGUUGACCUUGACACACAACAACAUGUUCAGUGUUCAUAAUGUUUUGUUCUUGUUUCCAAUGUAUACAACUCCAUUUGAAAGUCUCACGCAUCUUGACAUUUCUCACAAUCAACUUUCUUGGAUACCUGCGCAAAUAGGACAACUCGUUAGCCUUAGAUAUCUCAACUUGUCACAUAACCUCAUAGGGGAGCUCCCAUGUCAGAUAGCCAUAAAAAUGAAUGGAUUGCAACAAUUGGAUAUUAGCAAUAAUCCUUUGGUCAAACAAAUCGAAAAUCGUUUCGAGCUUUCCUAUUCAACCAAUUCAGCCGUUCCCAAACUUUCUGAAUUAUGUUAUCGUGAAUGUUUGAACCGUCAUAAAGAGUUUUUGAAUUCGAAAUAUGUGACUAAACGAAAAUAUUUAACAGAAGUAGUUCGAUCGACCCUAUUGCAUCCGAAGAAACGCGUGUGCUCUACCUGUGAUUGUUUGCACACGGAGUAUGCAGCGACUUUGCUCCAUUUUACAUGGGUUUGCUUAGUGCCAGAUGUACCUUUGAGGUACGAUUUUUGUUCGAUCCGUUGUGCAAAGCAAUUCGAAGAAGACCGUGCACGUGAAAAAGCCAUGGAAGAAGAAAAGAAGAAGCGCCGACGGGCAAGAUUUGGUUUAGAAAGCGAUGAUCAAGAUACUUCUACUACUAACCAUUCGAAUCAUUCCAAUUGA